UUACGCUCAGGCCCCGAAGGUCAACCCCCUCCGCGAACCCUUUGGGGCGCGCGUCCGCCCUCUCCCGCGCCUUCGCGGCCCCCUACUUUCCCUCCCCAGUCUCCGCCUCUAACCCCUUGGGGCUCGGUUCCCCGCUCCCCGCAGCCGCUACUGAGGCGCCAUGGCUCCGGCUAGGAAGGGCAGCCGUCGGGUGACCAAAACCAACUUGUUACGGAGCCGGAAGCUCGCCUCCUUUCUUAAGGACUUCGACCGUGAAGUGCAAAUACGAUCCAAGCAAAUUCUGUCUGACGGGCUGAACAUCCUCAAGGAGAUGGAUAACUUGUACAACAUCGAGAUCCUGCGGCUCCCCAAGGCGCUGCGCGAGAUGAACUGCCUCGACUACUUCGCCCUUGGAGGAAACAAGCAGGCCCUGGAGGAGGCAGCGACGGCUGACCUGGAUAUCACAGAAAUAAACAAGCUAACAGCAAAAGCUAUUCAGACACCCCUGAAAUCUACCAGAACACGAAAGGUAAUGAAUGAAAUGAAAGUGCAAGAAGAAGAAGAUGAAGAAGAAGAAGAAAAUAAAAAUAAGAAACUUAAAACUGCCAAAGUCAAAAGGUGCCCUCCAUCCAGGAAAAGAAUGCAGUCCAUACAAGGAAAAGGCAAAAGCAAAAGGUCAAGCAGUUUUAACACUGUUACCCCAGCUGUGGGCCGAAUGGAGCUGUCCCUGGUGAAACCUACUCCAGGCCUGACGCCCAGAUUUGACUCAAGGGUCUUCAAGACCCCAGGCCUUCGAACUCCAGCAGCCAGAGAGCGGAUCUACAACGUCUCAGUGAACGGCAGCCCUCUGGCCGACAGCAAAGAGAUUUUCCUCACUGUGCCAGUGGGAGGCGGAGAGAGCAUGCGGUUAUUGGCCAGUGAUUUGAAGAGAGUUGAUAUUGCACAGCUGGAUCCAGAGGCCUUGGGGAACAUUAAGCAGCUGUCCAGCCGUCUUGCCCAAAUCUGCAGCAGCAUACGGACUCACAAAUGAGGCUGCUAUUCCAAGAAGCCAAACUUGACAGGAUGGAUCUUCAGUGGGCAUUUCUGGGACCUUCUUCCCUUCAAGCUUAUUGUCUGUUUGAGUGUGAUGUUCCAGAGCAGGAAGUGGUGUUCUCUUGGAGAAUUCGGGACCUGGGGAGACACUGUUCCCUCAUCUCUUAGACAAAGUUUUACUAUUCACACCUUCCAAAGACACUACCCACUGCAUCCGUGCAAUCAAAACUUCCUGUCCUUCUCCCUGCUGAAUUCUUCCUGCUCUCAGAGCUGCCGCUUUCUUCCUCCUGGACUCAGUGUCCUCUUUGCCCUGCCCUGACUCCAGUGGAAGUGGCAUGGAAGGACCUCAUGUUCUUGGGCAGACUGUCUACUCACCCUCGCCUGAGAACCCUGUGCAUCUGGCGUUUCCACUCUGUAUGCUUGAGGCUGGGAGUUUGGGGCUCAGAGAAGUGAGUUCUGGGCCAUGAGAGGGCAGACGCAGAACGCUGGGAGGAACUGUACAAAUGGGGCCAGGACAGCGAGUCAGGACCUGUCUCAGCAGUGACCACAGCAGAACACACCUCCCCUCCCAGGCCCAUCCCUCCUCCUGUGGAAUCUCACACCUGCUGUGCCAGUGGUUUUCAGGCUGACUUGUGGAAUGGUGUUUUGUAUUUAUCUCGACCGAAGACCAAAAAUUGGUGUGAAGGCAGUUUCCAUGUCUUCCUCCUCUACCUCUCCAGCUAGUGGGGAUUUGGAUAAGGGAAUCGGAGGCUGAGAUUAGUCUGGGAUUUUAUGUGACUGGCACAGAGGAGCUCUCUAAGCUCUCCAUGGCCCUGUGGUCCCUGCCAGGUCUGUAGACGCAGUGAGCACUUCUGUCUUACUGGCUUCAUUGAGGGAGCAGGUGUAACCUGCCUAGUCACCUCAUUCCACAUUUGGCCUGUGCCCUGGGCAUGGACUAGUUCCUUAGCACUGAAAUCCCUGUGUGCCAGCCAGUGCCUCUGCCCCAAAGAAUCAUGGGAUGUGGUCCAAGAAUAUGGGAACAGUUCCCACCCCAGGCUUGGGGGCCACCGUUUUCUCAUGUGUGUCUCUUUGCUGUACUUUGUAUAAUUUUGCGACAUGACCAUCCUAGUAACCCAGUCCUGUUUAAGUUGUAUUCAAUUCGAGUUGUUUUAUGCUCCCUUUCCUGAGACUUUGUACAUAUUGUUUUCCUGAGUAACGGUAUCUCUGAUUUCUUCUAAGAGCUCCUGAGAGGUACCUGUUUUCAAUAAACUGUGUGUUUGUUAUUAA